CCUACCAACCUCUACGAUACCAGCCUGGCUUCCUGGAGACCAAAACCACAAGUAGAGUACAGAGGCGUGAGAGACGUUCACAGGCUGAGUUUGGCCGCAUGCGUGCAAGAGCGCUUUCUCUUGCAGAGAGGAAGGUACAAACAGGAGCGGCAAAGGACAGAGUAGGUGUGAGGGACACUCAGUGGCCAUGUCCACUUCUUGGCCCUAGGAUGGCGCUUCCCGCCGGUGGACACGCACAGCAGUCGGCGAUGACUCCAGACAUGUGGUUCUUCUUCGUAACCGCUGGACUGCUGACGGUGGCCCUCUCAGGUCACCCGUCUCCAGCCCCUUCCGGCCAGCCCGAUACCAGCAGUGCAGAGAGCCAUCCCUUGGAGCCAGGGGAGCAGCUAGGGAUCCGCCUGGUGAACGGGAGCAGCCUCUGCAACGGGACGGUGGAGGUUCGUCUUGGGCAGUCCUGGCAGCCCGUGUGUGAGGCGUUCUGGAACCUCCAAGCCGCCGAGGCCGUGUGUCGUGCGCUGGGCUGCGGCGGGGCGGCGGGGUCGCCGGUCCAGCCCCCGCCGACGCCAGAGCUGCCACGAAAUUGGGCCUUGGGGAACGCCAGCGAAGCCCUGAACGUCACGCAGGCUCUGGCACCGGCUAUCCUCUGCGGUGGCGCUGAGUGGCAGCUCUGUGAGGUGGUGGAGCACGCGUGCAUCGGCAACCAGAGGCCAGCCCAGGUCACCUGUGCAGAGAACCGUGCACUGCGGCUGGCGGACGGUGGCAGCUCAUGCGCCGGCCGCGUGGAGAUGCUGGAGCACGGCCAGUGGGGUUCGGUGUGUGACGACACGUGGGAUCUGGAGGACGCCCACGUGGUGUGCCGGCAACUGAGCUGCGGCUGGGCGAUCCAGGCUCUGCCCGGCUUGCACUUUGCCCCUGGCCAAGGACUCAUCCACCGAGACCAGGUGAACUGCUCUGGGGUGGAGGCCUACCUGUGGGACUGCCCUGGGCUACCCGGAGACCGCUACUGUGGCCACAAGGAGGACGCUGGUGUGGUAUGUUCAGAGCACCAGUCCUUGCGCCUGACCGGGGGCAGUGACUCCUGUGAGGGGCAAGUGGAGGUGCAUUUCCGUGGCGUCUGGAACACAGUGUGUGACAGUGAAUGGUACACGUCGGAGGCCCAAGUGCUCUGUCGGGCCUUGGGCUGUGGGACCGUGGCCAGAAUACCCAAGGGGCUGCCCCACUCCCUGUCGGGCAGGAUGUACUACUCGUGCAAGGGAGAAGAGCCCACCCUCUCGGACUGUUCCUGGCGGUUCAACAACUCCAACCUCUGCAGCCAGUCCAUGGCAGCCAGGGUCCUCUGCUCAGGUUCCCGGAGUCUGCUCAAUCUGUCCACUCCUGAAGUUCCUGCAAGUGUUCAGCCAGCGGUCACAGUAGAACCUUCCGUGAAAACGGAGGACCAGGAAUCUCGGGAGCUAAUACUCCUCAUCCUCUGCAUCGUCCUGGGAGUCCUCCUCCUCGGCUCGCUCAUCGUCAUCACCGUCAUCCUCUUGAAAGGGAAAGGGAAAUAUGCCCUCCCUGCUCCGGUGAACCACCAGCUCCUACCCACCACCACCCCAGCAGGGAUCAAUAGCUACCAAGAGGUCCCCAUCACCAUCCCUAAAGAAGAAGUUCCCAAGAUGCCCAUCCAGGUCCAGGCCCCAGCCCCCGACGACUCAGACUCAGACUCAGACUAUGAGCACUAUGACUUCAGCGCCCAGCCUCCCGUGGCCCUGACCACCUUCUACAAUUCCCAGCGGCACCGAGUGACCGAGGAGGAGGUCCGGCAAAACAGGUUCCAGAUGCCCCCCUUGGAGGAAGAAGACCAUGCCUCCCAGGCCCCACCUGUCAACCCGGGACACCGCAUUGCAGAUCCCCUCUCCCGGAGUCCUCAGCAGCACCCACGGAGCGACAGCGAGUCUAGCACAUCGUCUGGGGAGGACUACUGCAAUAGUCCCAGCAGAAAGCUACCUCCAUGGAACCCUCAGGGCUUUUCUUCAGAGAGGACCCCCUUCCUGGAGCCCCCGAACUUGGAGCUGGCUGGCUCCCAAGCAACCUUUUCAGCAGGGCCCUCAGCUGACGACAGCUCCAGCACCUCAUCCGGGGAGUGGUACCAGAACUACAAGCCGCCGCCCCAGCCCCCUCCCAUGGAGCAGUUUGGGUGUCCAGGAUCCCCCAGUCCCCAGCCUGAUUCCACUGACAACGAUGACUACGAUGACAUCGGAGCAGCCUAGACAUUCUCGGCAAGGCUCCAGGUGGCUCCUUCCACUAGACUCCUGCUCUACCUGCUGCCCCGUCCCACCCUGUCCUUCCGGAUCGUCCCCGAGGGGGCUGGGAGACCUCCCCUGGAGAGAUGAAAGGAAGCUCCACAUCCUGUACCACUGGAUCUCCACCCAUCGAACAGAACCUGCUGGCCUGGCCUUCCCUCAGCCCCAAACGGCAGCAAGGCGCUGCCUGAGAUGCAGUGAGCUCACUGUCUCAGGGUUGAACAAGCAGUCGGGGCCACCUCUCGGCAGGCUGCAUGGAGGGGUUGACCUGGGUGACUCCUGAGGCCUCUUCUGACCCUUGGGUGCCUGGUGCUUUGAUUCCCUGAGUCUCCGGCAACUCAGGGUCCAGAGGUACUGAGAGGGGCAGAAGCCGGCCCCAUCCCAGUCCUGCCCAGGGAGGCCCCGUGCGCAGGGCCUGUUGGGUUGCUGUAGCUCUGACAGGCGGAUGCUGGGGCUGGGUGGCACAGUGGCAAACUCGGGCUUCACUCGGGGCAGGGAGCCCAGCCUUCCAGCUGACAGUGAGCAGGACGGCCCUUCCCCACGACCCAGGGGCUGGGGCCUGAGGCCAGUCCUGCCUUUAGAGACCUCAGGAGCCCACCCGGGGCACAGCCCUGGUCUGCAGUGACUGUCCCUGGAGAACGGAUCCUCAUUCUGAGCUUCCUGUGGUUUACAGAGAUGGUCCCAGCUGAGCUCAGCCCCCCAACAGACCCAGAGUCGGGGCCCAGUCCUUGAGGGGGCAGAAGUGCAGAGUUGUCUGCCAGGAGGGGCCCAGCAUCUGCACUAAGCCCUGAGUCCCCAUCUGUCUGAUUAGAUUGAUGGGAGCCUCCUGGAUGAGUCACACCCAGAGCCACGAACUUGACCCAGCAUCCUCCAGAGAGAGGCUGGGGGACUCAGGGCCGACUCCUGGCGUCCCAUUCUGAGAAUCCUGAGAUUAAA